AUUGGAUACGUUCAGGGGCGGGCUUCGAGCGCUGCUCCGCUUAAUCUAUAAAUACCACCUCCUCAGCCCUCAGGGCAACAUAGCGAAGUGACUAACAAGGAGGAGUCAUUGAAUUUCCCCGAACAACGAAAGUGAUCCAAGACUUAUAAGUGAGAAAUGGCUCGUACAAAGCAGACCGCUCGUAAAUCCACAGGAGGAAAGGCGCCUAGGAAGCAGCUGGCCACCAAAGCAGCCAGGAAAAGCGCGCCCUCUACUGGUGGAGUGAAGAAACCCCACAGAUACAGGCCCGGUACUGUUGCUCUGCGUGAGAUCCGUCGGUACCAGAAGUCCACUGAGCUGCUCAUCAGGAAGCUGCCUUUCCAGCGUCUGGUCAGGGAAAUCGCUCAAGACUUCAAGACGGAUCUGCGUUUCCAGAGCGCAGCCAUUGGUGCUCUCCAGGAAGCCAGCGAGGCCUACUUGGUCGGCCUGUUUGAGGACACCAACCUGUGCGCCAUUCACGCAAAGAGGGUCACCAUCAUGCCCAAGGACAUUCAGCUGGCCAGGCGAAUUAGAGGAGAGCGAGCAUAAAUGCUUCUGGAUUUUUAUCUUUUUAUUGGGUUGGGGGUGGGUGGGGGACUGACUGGGGUUUGUUUUGUAAAUCUUGAACUAUUUACCAGCAUGUGUGCCACCUUAUGUCAUUUGUAGUUUCAGGCAUGAUUUUGUACUUCAUUUCACACACUCUUCCUUCAGCUGUCCUGUUCACUGUAGAGUAGUGCUUCAUAUCUGUAAAUUCUAAAGCAGAAUAUCUCACUUCCUUCCUCAGGUCUGCAAAUGUAUUUUAGGGUCUGUAUCUUUUUAAUCCUGUGUGUGCAUGUCAUAGGAUUUCUCAUUGUGCUGUAAAUAAACUUUCCGCUACCUCA